AACCGAUUGAUGAAACUCAAGAACUUUUUGAUUCAAUACCAACUACUGAUAUUACCACUUCAGAGGAAGCAAAGCUUCGAUGUUCUACAUCAUUCAUUAAUGAGGUUUGUAAAGAAAGUUCUUGCUAUAAUGUAAUUAAGGAAUCCAUGACAAAUUUACUUCAAUCGCCUUCUACGAUAUCAACUCAAGAUCAAUUAAAUAAUUUCAAGCAAUUCUCAAGUAUUACUGAAACUAAAAAAGAGAUACUUGAACCCUUAAUCAUGAAGCGUCUACCUCCAGAAAUUUCUUUAUCUUCAGAACUUCUUAUCAAAAGCAAAUCUGAUAUAGAUACCCUUAUCCUUCUUUUACAACAAAAAUAUCAAAUGUCUCAAGAAAAGUUAGAUCAAUGGAGAAGAAAGAUUGCCUUUGAAUUUCAGGAUAAUACCA